AUGGCUUUCUACACUGAAUUAUUGAUCGACCUUCAAGAUACUCUUGGUAAUAUAAUGCGACCUCGUUUUACUUCGAUUCGAGUCAUCACACGCCCUCGUAGUCAAACUCUACCAGCAAAUUUCGCACCAUUUCCAUUUUCCACCAAAGCUUCACUAUCUUCUCUUGCAUCAAAUCCCGAGAAUAACGAUGGAGAGAUGAAAUCAGAUCAAGUGUUGCGAGGAACAGAUCUUUUCCGCACACUCCUUGAUUAUUCUGGCAUGGAGGCCGUCCGCAAAAAGCUGGUUGGCUUUUUUCGACUCGAUAAAUAUGGCGCAGACAGCCUGAGAACCAUCGUUGGUAAAUACAGUAUCUCUGACCCUACUGAUACAAGAGAAGUAGGCACGAAAGUUGAUGAUGAGGGUAAAUUUGGUCUAUUCAGGUGGCUCCCAAUGGAAGUGAAACUCAAAAUCCUCACAUAUGCUUUCGACGAUCCUCGAAUAGUCUCCGUCUCCUGCAAACAACUCAAACACAAUGCCUCCUGUCACGGCCAUACUCGACUUGUCUACAGUGGUCCGCAAGAUCCUUAUCUAUACGUUAGUCACCUCACUCGUUUCCAAGCACUCCAACACUUACAUAAUUUGAUUCAAUACAACACUCUUCAUAUUGGAUGCAAGGCAUUUCCAACAAUAAAAUACAACCCUGUCAGCGAUACAAUUUGGAUUCGCGAAAUUGACUUUUGGUCGUCAUCGAAUAAGUUUAGCUGCUCUCUCACCCUCCCUUCUCGCAAUCGAGCUCUUCACACUUUGGCAAUUACCACUUCAUCCAACAAGGCCAUUAUGGAUCAGGAUAACUUAUAUCGUUUGUCUUGUAUCCUAUCUCACUGGUUCAGAGGCGUGCAAGAAUUAAUCGUCAUUGUGGAUCAUCUGGACUUUACUACUCCUGGCGUUCGGGACGAGAUUGCUUUCGUUCAUCGCAAGUCCAAGUUGCUUCCGAAGCAUCGUAUAGUUACCAAGUAUUCGCCUGCCAUUUCUUCCUUAUCGGUAGAAUUCAUCGAAGGUUUACUUUUUGGAGAAUGGAAACCAGAGCAUUGGUCCACAUUAGUCUCCUCUCUAAAGAAGUCAUUUAUGUCUUCAUUUAUGGAGAGUCAGGAAAUCAAGGAGUCAAGGCCAAAUCCAUUUGAUAAGGUGUCGGCAAUCAAGGUACAUGUAGGUCUCUUGGAUUGGAAGUCGCGUCUUGAGUCGUUGAAUGGUAAUGGUGAAGAAGGUCGGGGCAAGAUGAUUGAGAACUUUCGCUCAUGGAGGGUUCCUACUAUUAAACUUCUAGCAGCUGCUACUCGCAAGCAAUUGGAAGGAAAGGAUCAUGAUUAG